CCUCCGGCUUGCCGUACUCGGCUUCGUCUCCAUUGUUUGACAGUAGUAGUUGUUAGCCCUGGGCAGACUUUCCUCCAUUAGUUUCCUUUAAGCAGCAGAAAUAAAUGUUUACUUGGAGGUAUCGGCAACUUGUCCGGCGCUUAAACAUCAUGAGAGAGGAGACGCUUCAGACAGAUUUGCUACAAGACCAGAAAAUCUGAGAUCACAGAGCGCAACACUGCUUCUGUAGGAUGUACAAAGACUACAGAUCAAGUCGAGUCACAGGUCUCAACGCUCUGCCUUUUGAUCCAGCUACCAACAACGACCCGCUCCAGUUCAGCAGUUCCAGUGGAUCACUGGUGACCGAGUGUGCUCCGUUGGAAAACACUGCUGAAAACAGCAAGAAGAGGAAGCGAGCCAACCUCCCUCCAGAAGGCAUCUGUAACAUGGCGAUGGACUCCAACUCAAUGACGAUGCCUAUGUCAGACCCCAACCCCUGGGCUACAGCCAUGAAUAACCUGGGGAUGCCUCCCAUUGGAAUAACUGGACAGCCACUUAUACCAGAUUUUGACCCUAAUCUUGGGAUUAUGGCUGGAAUUACCCCCAUGAACCCCAUGAUGCCUGGCCUCAGUAUGGUGCCUGCACCCGUCUCCCAGGACAUACCUGUAAUAAAGGAGAUCGUCCACUGCAAAAGCUGCACCCUCUUCCCCCCCAACCCCAACCUUCCCCCUCCAGCCACGAGAGAGCGCCCCCCAGGGUGUAAGACGGUGUUUGUUGGUGGUCUGCCGGAAAACGCCACCGAGCAGCUGAUCAUGGAGGUCUUUGGACAGUGUGGUGAUAUCACAGCUAUUCGCAAAAGCAAGAAAAACUUCUGCCACAUCAGGUUUGCUGAGGAGCCCACAGUGGACAAAGCUCUCUUCCUGUCUGGUUAUCGGAUCCGUUUGGGUUCCAGCACAGACAAGAAGGACACGGGUCGGCUCCAUGUGGACUUUGCCCAGGCCCGAGACGACCUGUACGAGUGGGAGUGUCGCCAGAGAAUGUUGGCCAGAGAGGAGCGGCACCGGCGCAAGAUGGAGGAGGAUCGCCUCCGGCCACCAUCGCCUCCUCCAAUCGUGCAUUAUUCUGAGCACGAGUGCAGCCAGCUGGGAGACAAGAUCAAAGACGACGGCAAAUUUCCCGAAGCAGUGCGUGUGCUCUUGACCUGGCUGGAACGAGGAGAAGUAAACCGCAGGAACGCUAACAACUUCUACUCCAUGAUCCAGUCGUCCAACAGCCACAUCCGCAGGCUGAUGAGUGAGAGGAGUCAGCACGAGAAGGAGAUGGAAGAAGCCAAAGACAAGUUCAAGACAGCUCUAGCAGCCAUAGUUGGUCAAUUUGAACAGAUUGUGUCUGUAUUCCAAGCUGCUUCCAAACAAAAGGCAUGGGACCAUUUCUCCAAAGCUCAGCGCAAGAACCUGGACAUGUGGCGUAAACAAGCAGAGGAGAUCAGGAACAUGCACAAUGAGCAGCUGAUGGGCAUCAGACGGGAGGAAGAGAUGGAGAUGUCGGAUGAUGAUAUGGAGGACACCCCUGACAGCAAAGACUCAGAGGACUCAGGGGUUUCCCAAGUAGAAGCCUUAAAGGAGGAGAACGAUUCGCUGCGCUGCCAGCUGGACGCCUACAGGAACGAAGUGGAGCUGCUGAAACAGGAACAAGGAAAGAAUCAGCCUGUGAGGAGCGAGGAGGACAACACUCAUUCACAACAGCUCAGCUUCCUGCAGCAGGCUCUGCAAGGCAUGCAAAAGCAACUAUUAAAAAUGAGGGAUGAGCUGAAGCAGCGGGAAGCAGACCUGGGGCAGAGCUUGGAGGACAAACAGCAGCUGAAGUCACAAGUCCAGAACCUGAAGGAAAGUCUCCAGAAUCUCCAGAACACACACAAAACACCGGCAGAAAUGUUAAAUAAGGAUGGUCAAGGCAGCGAGGAGAAUCCCAAUGAAACUAGCGAGGCCACGCUUACAGCAGUCGUGUCCUGCAGUCAGGAGAAAAGGGGUCCCACAGAGAGGAAUUCACCGAGUCCUGUUCACUCCGAGCGGGAAGCUCUGCUGGUCGGGAUCAUUUCAACCUUCUUGCAUGUCCACCCGUUUGGGGCCAGCAUUGAGUACAUCUGUUCCUACCUGCAGCGCUUGGACACCAAGCUUCUCCCAGCCUCCCCGGAGUGGAUUUAACACAAGUUCUCUGAAGCAAAAUCCCUUUAAGGAACAGUUUUACAUCUGGAAAAACACACGUACCUCUGCCCUCCUGAUGAGACAUAAAUGAGGAGUGCGAUAGCACUUGUGGCUGUGCAGUAGUAGAGCUACUCGGGGCUCUCAUUUAGCUCUGUUCAGCAAAUGUACAAAUCAGUGGGGAGAGCUGGCUUUGGUUUUCCUAAUCUAGAGCUAAAUGAUGAAGAUCUGAAAAGUCAGAAUCCUGGUAAUGAAACAAAGAUACUAAAAAGCUUAAUUAUUUAUUAUUAUUUGUCUCAAUAAAACAUAUUAGCUGAAAACACACAUCAAUGAAUUCAACUUUUUUUUUUUGUAUCAAAGCCUUCAAAUUCUACAGUGAUUUAUAAUAAAACUAAGCUGUCGUGUUCAUCUUUUCCUUGUCCUGAGUUCUGGCAGAUCAAGGACAAGAGGAAGCUAAAUGCUACUCAUACUUCAGCCAGACCUGAGCUACAUCUGGUUGAACAUGCUGAGUCAUGAUAUCUCAUUCACAAAGCUGGAUUCCUUAAAGACUGGGUCAGCUGGUUGGUCUGCAGCACAACCCCAACUUCACUUUCUUUUUUUACUGGUUAUAAUCAGUAACUCUGAACACGAAAAUAGUCUUCUACCCCUAUCUCCUGCAUUAGCUUCUGAUAUAAAAUAGACGGGAAAACUGUAGGAUUAAAAAUCCUGACAGAUCUACGUCACAUUGUCACUUAACAUUCAUGGACUCACCCAUCUUGACUCGCAACGAGGAAGGCUGUCGUUGGUUUAGCAUCCAGGAAACAGCAGAGAACGUCUCGGCUAGUAGAAGCUAACCACUAGCAUUAGCAACUCCACAACUGGACAGAACUCUCCAGGCUUGUGUUAUUGGUGGAGAUAAAACAUCUAUGUUGCAAAGCAAGCAGAGUUGCUGUUAGCCAAUCAGAGGUGAGAUGUCCAAAUAUCAGGAAAUAAGACUCCAAAUCCUGCUGUCUGAAGCUACUUUCUCCUCCGUCUGACUUCUACGUCCUCAAACUUUUGCACCAGAGCUCUUUUUACCCAGAGAACAACUCAAAGGGCAUUCAUUCCUACUAGAGACCACUGCAGACGU